AUGAUGGAAAGUUUCGGCCUUGACGCAGAGGAGCCUGAAAGCGACGAGGAAAUGCUGGAUUUAUGCCAUGAUCAGGUAAAGUUCCCCUUUAACUGUGCUGAGGUUCAACCGCAAGCUUAUGUUAAGAAGACGAAAAUGAGUGAAACAAGAUCAAAAAAAGCGAAACAUGAGCAGAGCAAGAAGGAGCAUACGCGCAGAAGAGAAAACAGGAAAUUCAGGAUAAAGGUUGUACCGGACUUCGAGUCUUUCAAGGACGACUUGGAGAGAUGGGGUGAUUUGACUGAACGAAUUCAACGAAAAAUAAUUGCUGCUGCAUUGCAGAAGCAUCGUUUUGUCCGAUGCCUUCAACGUGACUGUAGAAAGAAGCUGGGUAGCGUCGAAAUCGUGUUUCUGCACUUACAACGUCAUCGCAGAGAUCCUCAUCCGGUUCGUAUUCAGCGGCCGAAACUUGUGCAUGACUUGCUCACACCCUCCUUGACCACCGGAUCCAAUUCUGGUAUUGCAUCCUAUGUAGCCUUUGGCAAAAGUGAUUCCAAAGAACAACAGAUCACCGCUAUAGCUAAAGAUGAACUUAAGUUUGAGUCUUUCAGGGGCGACUUACAGCGAUGGAAUGGAUUGGAUAGGAAAAUUCAGCGGACGAUCGUCUCGGCUGCGUUGAGAAGGACUGGCUUUGUUCAGUGUCUGCUGAGCAACUGUGAUAAGAAGUUUUCCCGCUCCCCAAGCAUCUUUCUACACUUAAACCGGCACCUCAAAGAUGCUCAUAUAGUCGAAAAUAAUGAUCGUGAACAUUUGUCAGAUCUCUUAACUCCUAGCCUGUUGACCGGGGCCCAUCCUGGUAUCGCAUUUAAUGUAGCCUUGGAUGAAAGUGUCUCCAAAGAACAACGGUUCUUUUCUAGAACUGAAGAUGAACCUGAGUUCGAGUCUUUCAGGGACGACUUGCAAAAGUGGAAUGAUUUGGAUAGAGAAAUUCAGCGGAAGAUAGUCGCGUCUACGUUGAGGAAGCAUGACUUUGUUCAGUGUCUACUGAGUGAUUGUGGCAAGAACUUUGCCCGCUCCGCAGGCUUGUUCCUACAUUUGAAGUGGCAUCUCAGGGAGGCUCAUUUGCUCGGUAGUAAUCAUUCUGAAGAGCUAUCGGAUCGACUCAUGCCCACCGUGUCGACCGAAGCCAAUCGUCAUUCCUCAUCCGAUUUGAUUCCGGUUGAAACUCUCGCCAAAAAACAAUCUCGUUCCUGUUCCGCAACCGAAGUUGAAGCAGAAUACGAGUCCUUCAGGGACGACUUGGAGAGAUGGGGUAAUUUGACCCGACGAACGCAGCGAAAGAUAAUUGAGGUUGCUAUGAGCAAGUACCGCGUUAUCAGAUGUUUGUUGAGCCAAUGUGGCAAAAAUUUGCACAGUUCCCCAGGCAUGUUCCUACACUUGGAACGGCACUGCAAUGAUCCUCGUCCUUUCCGUCCUAAGCGUCCCGAGAUGCUCUCCGAAAUGUUUUUUCCCGCUGGAGAGACCGCAUCCUGUUCUGCUGCUGUGUCCGACACAAGCUUCGAUAAAAGUGAUUUCAAAGAACAGCCAAUUUUAGAAAAGUACGAAAAAAUUAAACCUCAGAAAGCAGUGGAAGUGUAUCUUUCCUACAGAGGGCGUAUCAAGGAAUGGCGUUUGCUGUCGACUUUGCAGAGAAACCGGAUUCUACGUUCGACAUGGAAGAUUCGACCGAAAAUGCGUUGUCUUACAGAAGGUUGCCACGUAACACUUAGUACCUAUAAUGGCAUGGCAUACCAUCUGAUGCUGUGCGGCAUACCGUUUGAAAAACGUCUGAUGAGGUGUAAGGAAUGUGAUGAGCAAAUGCCGUACCUCAAUAUGCGGUUGCACCUGUUUGAGAAGCACCGCGACAUGCUUCGAGGCAUUGUGAGUCACAAGUGGAACGAAGACGAAAAUGAGUCAGCGGAACAAGGCGCCGAGAAAAGUCCAAAGUCGGAAAGGUCAUUGCUUAACGACGAAUCAAUCUUGUUAAAUAUUGGUAGCAGAAGAAUUCGACAUUUACGGACUUACAACAUCGCCCAGUGGUCUGAGAAAAUUUCUGAGGAUUGGAACAAGUUCGUAGCAGAGAAUUAUUUCAAAUGCUCUUCUCUUUUCCCAGAGUUCAUCGCUAGGAGAAGUCACUGGAAAACACAAGAGAGCCAUCCCUCAGAAUGUCUAUUGUCGAAACAUUCGAUUGCUGUCUCGUUCGGCAACGACACUGCUCCCAAACAAUUCAGCAUGUUCGAGACCGUUGGUCACGUCAACGGGGUGGCUGGAUUUUGCGGAGCAGCAAUUCUUUCCGUUGCUUGGUGUCCAAAUAACGGGGGGAUACAGUACAUAUUGGUGUCGUUACGCAACGAUCGCGGUUUGACCUUCUCGCUGGAUCCCGUAUCUGAUGUACUACAGUUGUGGUCCUUUGACGCCGCAGCUUUUGCGAAUACGGCAUCAACUGCAGCGUCUGCCGAGCACUUUCGGAUAUGCAUGGUUUUUACGCACAAACAGGACCAUAUCAAUGACAUUAGUUGGUGUCCUUCGGGCAUGUGGCAAGAUCCGUCGCCUAACGACCAGACAGCACCAAUAGGGGAAGGAGAUGAGCUGCCGCGCCUCGGCGUGUUUGCAGCCGCAUCGGACGAUGGAUCCGUACUGAUAUACAGUUUACCUCAUCCGCAGUUUCUCGGGAUAGAAUUUAGCCAAUCACCGCUGAUUCAUACCUUGGAGCCGGUUGCCGUUCUUUUGAGCCCGUGUCAAAAGCCGGUCGAUUCCGUGGACUGGUCUCCGUUCAAGGGACAUUCGUGGGUGGCCGCUGGCUUUCGGAGCGGUUUGCUUUGCACAUGGAAUAUUGCCAGUCGCUGGCAGCAGGGAGAGUCUUCAAUGACGAUGGAACCGUAUCUGUGCAGUUGCGUUGCAGACUCGUCGAUACGCUCCGUCUACUGGUUUACCGAAUCAAUAAUUCUGUUUUCUUCGAGGAACGGGGAUGCUGUAAUGUGGGACAUGCUCGAAGAUGUGUGUUUCCGCAAAUGGCCAUUCUACUAUACCUUACAUACUGUCUUUACCGUUCCUACCCUUUUUCCUGGUUUUCUCUACAGCUUGGAAGAGGACGGCUAUCAUUUGGGUGACUCAGUGCGUUUUCUCUUUGCCACCACCGAGCCAGAUUAUGAUUCUCAACCUCAGAGAAUGACCGUUUCUUCCCUCAACGACGUGGUGUGGAAGUUUUCAUUUUUUCCUCCUCACGCCGCAAUAAUGUCAGUCGAUGAAAGCGGUCGCGUUGUCGCAUCGUGCUUCAGCUUCCUCGGAAAUCGUCAGCAGAAUAUGAGGUUGGCAUCUAAACUUGUAUUCAAUACCGUCAAACUAAAGUCACCGUUGACCGUCGAUUCAGCGACCCCCGGCAGCACGUCCGAACGCGAACCUUCAUUGAACGCGCUGAAGUUUGUAUUCCUGCCAAAGCAAGCAGCCUCGCGGCUGAAGACGCAAGCGCACAAGAAAAGCUACCCGUUCGGACUGCGCCAGGCGGCUAUUUUUGCGGUCGAUUCCAACAAGUACAUAGCCGACCAGCAUUGGUGUUGUUUUGGUGGUCACAACGGCAUUCUGCACGUUGUUUUCUUAAAACCUUUUUAA